AUGAGUGUCGACAGCGUCUUUCAGCUCGACCGCUACCAGUUCAUCGUUCUCGCUUUCAAUGAGUUCGCCAUUUUCACCAUGCUUUCCAACGUCGUCAGUCUCUUUUUUCACUGUUUUUACUAUCUUGAGAAAAGUAACAGAGAAAUUCCAUUUACUUCCAUGAAAAAAAAAAGUUCAUUAAAAAUCUAUGUAAAAAACGCUCAAUUCAUUUUUUCGCAAAUAAACCAAGACAUAGUUGUUUCUUUGUUAUCGUCAUCGUUUUCGGAAAUUUUGAAAAUAUUCGAAACUCUAUUUGUCGUAUUCAGACUCUAUAAUACAGUUUCCUCAACUUUUCAUGUCGAAAUGCGAAAUUUUCAGUGUAUUUUUGAGUGUAAGACAAGGAACUUCUUUCAAGACUUGAAUUUUUGAUUUCAAUAAAGAAAAGCAGAUUUUCAACGUCUUCGGUGUGGCACAUCCGAAAAUUCUCGGUUGCGACGAUGUCUUAUACAACGGAACGACACCUUGGGAAAUAUGCGCCGAAUACGACUCCGACGUGACCUGCGUCCACCCUGUCGUGCAGUACGAGUUCAAGUCUGCGGCUGUCGAGGUCCCUUUUGCUCAUUUCCGGUCGAAAACUUAGUUUAAGUUCCAAGAGUUCUGCAACCGGCCGAGUGGAAACGCGCUCAUGAUAUUUCUGUCUGGGUCGCCGAACCGAGCCAAGUUCUCGACGACGUUGCAGAUGAUGGGCAUCAUGCUGGGCUCGGCGAUCGGUGGCUACACCUCCGACAGGUUCGGAAGACGCAAGGUGACAGCAGCCGAAACUUGGUCAUGGCCGAUGACAAAUCAUUAAUCCAAAGAAUCAUCACGGUUCGAUCGUAUGCUAGAGUAAUCCAGGGUUCAAAAAAAAUUAUUUCAAAUGAUCGCUAACAUGGUUUUUCAAUUCAUCCUUUUUUCUCCCUGCUUCUUAGAGAAGAGAGUAUUUCUGAGAAACGUUGAAAGAAAAAAAGCUUUUCUAGGCCGCUUCUUUUCUCGAAAUGAUGUGAUAUGAGGUUCAUACAUUUUUGAAAAAUGAACAUUUGUUCUCGAGCUUCUAAUUAAUCAUCACGUCUGGUAAGACGCAGAUAUUCUGACAUGGAAGGUCAUUUUUGCGUAGGGUUUGGAAUUUUCUAAAAAUUUGCUCAAACAAUCUUUGAUGGACUGGGAAUCGAUCCCCGAUAGAAGCAAUCUGCGCAAACUUUUCGCUUUGGAGAUAUGAUUUUUUUGAAGUUUUCGUCCUUUAACACGUGACGCUGUUUGGAAGGAAUGUGUCCGCCGCAAAAGCCAUUUCAUGGCAGCUAGGAGCGUAGUGAAGUGGCUAGCGCAGUAGCCUGCGAAGCCUAUGAUGAAGGUUCGAAUCUUUUUGUCGCUAGCGUUUUUUGCCAUUAUUUUUUUGACGGAUUAUGAUGAAAAUGUUGAAACCUCAUGAUUGAAACCGUUCCAAAACCGUUCGAUGGCCACUUUCUUCCAAAAAUAACUUUUUUCACAGAAAUUUUUUUUUGAAAACUUCUCGAAGUAAUGACCGACCAUCACAUCAUCAGAGACUAAUUUUUUGAAGAACAGCAGACACAAUUUGAAAAAAGCGGUGAACCAUCAUCAAAGGUUGUUGCACGUCCUGAUUGAAACAAAGAACAGUUUGGUAGAAUUUCACUGUGUCAAACGGCAAUUUUCGCCUUUUUGCUACAGAAAAAUUCAUAAAAAAUACGAAUAAAUACCUGGAAAACAGGCUUUAUUGAAGAAAUUUUCUUCAAAUUCUCCUUUUUAUUACAAAAAAUGUUGUUCUCCUAAUGUUCACAGUUCAAAAACAUUUUUUUGAAAAAAAUUUGAAAAAAAAAUAUUUUUUGAUGAUGUGAAAAAAAUGCCAUAACUUCGAGAAAUUUUCAAAAAGUUUCUGUGAAAAAAAAAGUGAUUUUUGAAAGAAAAUGGUAUCUCCAAAACGAAAAGUUUGUGCAGAUAUAGUCCGUUCAGACUUUAAAUGUCAAGUAGAAUGACGUCAUUCGAAAACGCUCUGUGGAUGGCUCGCUCUCUGAUUGGUUCAUCGCUCUAUUAGGGGCGGAGCUUGAGCGACGACUUGACAUUCAAAAUCUGAACAGACUAUAGCGCCUAUGGGGGAUCGAUUCCCAGUCCAUCAAAGAUCGUUUGAGCAAAUUUUUGGAAAAUUCCAAACCCUACGCAAAAAUGACCUUCCAUGUGAGUUCUACAUUUUUUGAACAACAUUUUUUUUUAUUUGCAGAUGGUCUUGUUGUAUCUAACCUCCAUUUUCCUAUCAACUGUUGCUUCUUCUUUCGGCCCAACCAUGGAGUUUUACAUCAGUUUUCGGUUUCUCGUCGGUAUUUUCUGUGGAGCACUCAUCACGUACGUCGAAUCUUGAGCAAUAGGGCACAUCAUUUUCAGCGUUGCGAAUGUUUUCGUGAUGGAAAACCUUCCUUCUGCUCACCGUCUUUGGAUGAGCACAGUAGUGACAUGGGCACCAAACUACAUACUUUUCUCGGUUUUCGCUUACUUUGCGCAGGAAUGGAGGUAUUCCACAGAGUAUUUUCGAUGGAAACUGAUUUUGCAGAACCCUCGCCCGAAUGAGCAGCGUCAUGACUGUGUUCGCUAUCCUCAUUUGUGCAUUGUGAGUUCCCAAAAAAGGAUAUUUUCAAAUUCUUAUUUGUUUGGUUCGAUGUUGAACCUGAAUUCCAGUAAUCUCCAAAAGUUUGGCUGUUAGUGGAAAUUUUUAAACUUUUUGAUUCAAAAGAAAAGGCAAAAAACCGUGGAUCACUUAAAAUCGUUUCCUUUGAUCUUGAAGAUGAAGCCCCCUUUUUUUUCAAUCUCAUGUCGUAUAAGGUGAAGGAGAGCGGAUAUUAAAAACAACCAUUUUUGAGAAAGCCAUUGACAAAAAACUUCGACUUUGUGUGGAUAAGGAGAAGGAGAAGAUCAUACUUGAAUGAAUCUAAAAAUUAGUUAAGAUUUUCACAAAACUCACGAAAAUGUGAAACAAUAAUGUAUUUCUUUUUGAGCACACAGUUUUAAAAAAAUGAGAGAGAAAAAAAAGUUCUAUUUGAUCUAAUUGCAGUGGAAUGCCUGAGAGCGCCAAGUAUUUGGUACAGAAGCGAGACAAAAAAGGAGCCCUCGCUUCUUUGACCUUCGUGAACCAGUUCAAAAGCUCUACAAAAAAGGUUCCUAUUCGAAAUUAUUUCCUUGCAAUUGAGUUUCUAGCAAUAAUCGAAUCAACCGUUUCAGUAUAACCGACCAAUUUAGAAUGAUUUAUUUUUCAGUUUACUCCUGAGCAACUCGCAGAAAUUAUCGACGUUGAAUGUGCCAGUAUUGCGCAGAACGAAAACAAAAAACGGAAAAAUGGCAUCGCGACGCUUUAUUCCACGAGAUUCCGCAAACCAACAAUUGUAGUAUCCUUGUCUAUGUGAGCCAAGUAUCAUACAUUUUUUUUUUUCAUUUUUUCCAUUACAACUACAGGUUUGCUUUGAGUUUCAUCACUUACGGCUUGCUGUUCAACUACGACGCUUUGAGCGGUUCUAUUUUCGUGAACAUGGCGAUUUCUGGGGUCUUUCGCUACAUUGUCGGCGCCUUGGUUUGGUUUCUCUUCUUUGGUUAGAAGCAGGUUUCCUAGGUGGCGCUGCUUGACCACUUCUGGGGCCUUGGGAGAAAACGGCUUCAUUUCUCGACCAUAACCUUCAUCAUGACCUGCAUGCUCAGCACUUUUCUCAUUCUCGUCACAGGUAUUCCUUUGCCUCCUACGUUAAGAGAAUGAGAGAGUUCAAGGCAACAGCAUCCGCUUUAAGUUUUUCACUCGAGCUUUCACGCUACUGGCCUUUGGAACUACCGGCUGCAUGUAUUUAUUGGUGAACGAUUUACCUGUUAAACGUUACGAAAUGUUUAGCUUCUUCUCGUCACAGCCGAAAUCUUUCCCACAAGCGUCCGCAACGUCGCCUUAGGACACGUUAAUGUAUGGGGUCGCAUGGGCAACAUCCUUGGACCGAUGAUUUUCAACGUAAGAAAGACUCUAGCCCAAAAAAUAUCCGAAAAUUGUUUAGCUUUUCAACGGGAACAGCUACGCUUACCUGAUUCUGGUUAUACUUUCUGUCGCCGAUCUUCUCAUUUUCCACAUUUUCAUCCCCGAAACGAAAGGCCGCCCAUUGCCUAACGAGACAGCCAAAGACUUCCCCAAGAAGAACGAAGGCGUCGAACUUUUGGCAUUAUCUUCAAAAAAUUGA